AUCCCUAAACCCACCGGCACCGGGCAGCAAGUAGAACCCAGCAGACGAGCAGCGGCAGCGAGUUCAUAGUCAUAGAAACAGAAACAGAAACAGAAAAAAGGGGAAGCGAUGGAGGGCGAAGAAGGAGGAGGGAUAAGGCUGAGCAAGAGGUUCUCAGACAAAGGAGGCGAAGUCGAUAACAAAACCAAGUCAGGCACAGCGUGGAGCCACUCGUACCUGAACCAGAAGCCAUGGCACCCUCUCUCUUACCCCAACCAACGCCGCAAGUGGAUCGCCGAGCAGAUCCAGGCCCAGCACCAGCGUCGCUCCGAAGAAGUCUCCCGCGAGUAUGCGCAAGAGCAGGAGUUCUUUCGCCAGGCAGCUCUCAUCUCCAAGAAAGAUAAAGAAAAGAUUGAGGCGAUGAAAGCUGUUAGCUUCAUGUAUGUUCGUCCGCCGGGUUACAAUGCCGAGAGUGCCAAAGCUGCAGAGCUUGCCGAUGAGAGUAUGAGAGAUGGUCAACAAACACAAACAGAUGGUCCUUCUACUUCAAUGUACCAUAUAUAUACUCUCUCUUUGUUUUGUUUUGUUUUGUUUUCGCAAUUGAUUAUAUUUUCAAUUCGUGUUUAUUCUAAUCGACCCUUGCUUAUUAGGCCUCCCAGUGCUGAAGAAGGCAAGAAGAAACCAAGGCCUAAAGAUGUAUUUGGCCGCAGUUUGCCUACUGAACAAGAGUUUGAAGUGUUGAAAAAUGCUCCUAGGCUGGAGACUGGUGUUCCUACGAGGGCAAAACCAUUUGGAGUUGAAGUGCGCAAUGUAAAGUGUGUCAGGUGUGGAACAUUUGGUCACCAAAGCGGUGAUCGUGAAUGUCCAUUGAAGGAUGUUAUUAUGCCUAAUGAAGAGAGCCGACUGAAAAGGGAUGAUCCUUUGACUGCCAUUCUUGCACACACAGAUCCUAGUGAGCCUCUGAAGUGGGAACUCAAGCAAAAACCAGGAAUUAGUCCUCCACGUGGAGGGUUUAAGCCAGAUGACCCCAACCAGCAAAUAGUUGCCGAGGAGGAUAUAUUUGAUGAGUAUGGAGGAUUUCUCAGUGGGGAUGUCAUCCCUGAGUUGCUGGCCAACUUCUCGAGCAAACCCAAGAAGAAGUCCAAAAAGAAGACCAAGCGCAAAACAAAGCAGUCACCAUCCAUUAGUGGAGAAGACCGGUCAUCUUCUGAUGAGGAUGACAAGAGGGGGUCAAAGAAGAAAGUAUCCAAGCUAAAGAAAAAGAAGCGUAACCAUUCUGAAUCGAGCUCACCAGAGAUUGAUAGACAUGAAGUAAAGAACAAAGACAAGGAAUCUUAUUCAUCUGAGGAUUUGAAUCAUGAAAAGCAUCACAGAAGUACAAGGAACAGAUCGAAGCAUUCUCAUUCAUUUGAAGAUUCUGACAUGGACAGGUGGCAGUACAGAAGAGACAAGAACAGAGACAGAGAUGCUAAUUCAUCUGAAGAUUCUGAGCCUGAUAAGAACCAAAGAGGUACCAGACACAAGCAUUCUUACUCAUCUGAGGAUUCGGAUGGUGAAAAACAUCAUAGAAGUACAAAGAACAGAAGAGACAAGAACAGAGACAGAGAUGCUAAUUCAUCUGAAGAUUCUGAGCCUGAUAAGAACCAAAGAGGUACCAGACACAAGCUUUCUUACUCAUCUGAGGAUUCGGAUGGUGAAAAACAUCAUAGAAGUACAAAGAACAGACAGAGGCACUCUCAUUCAUAUAAAGAUUUUGGGAUUAAUAGGCAUUUUAGAAGGGAGAAGAGCAGGGACAGUUGUGCCAAUUCAUUUGAAGAUUCUGAGCCUGAUAGGCACCUUCCAAGUGACAAGCGAAGACACCAGAGCAGACACCGACAUUCUUAUUCAUCCGAAGAUUCUGAGCCUGAUAGGCACCAUUCAAGUGACAAGAGAAGACAGUGGAGCAGACACCGGCAUUCUUAUUCGUCUGAAGAUACUGACAUAGGCAGGCAGAAAAGAAGUAAAAGAAGCAGGGAUGAGCCUACCUAUUCAUUUAAUGAGACCGAUGAUAAAAGGCAUCGUACAAGUAGAAACAGUAGACACAAGCACUAGAUGUAGAUUCCCACUCUUGAGGAUGAGAGAUGUAGACACUAUUGCAGUUGCCAUCACCAGUUCAUCAAUCUUCUGGCUAUCAGAACAAUUUUUUUACCAAGUCUUUUGGAACAUCUGGCCUGGAAAGUGCUUCGGUGGAAAUGAGCUUUACUCAGAAACGUGAGGAGGACCCGAGUCAACUGACACGACCAAUUAUUUGUCACCUGUGUUUCUUGUAUUGUAUUCAUGAAACUGAUGGUCCAUCGAUACAACUUCCAUAUAAGAAAGAAAGGAUUUACUUUUGAACAUUUGAAGAAGAAAUAUGAAUGUUAUUACCAGUUGCUUUUUGUA